UAUAGUCUAAGCUAUAUUAAUCAUUUGUAAAUUAAAGUCCCUUUCCUUCCUUAACAUAGAUGGAUUCAUGUCAAUUGUUGUGUGAGUUUCAAGUUCAACCCCACGUACCAAAAAAUUUCAUUUGGCCAAAAGAGUAUCUAGAAGAUGCUCAUGAAGAACUCCAAGCACCAAUAGUAGAUCUUGAUGGAUUUCUCAAAGGGAACAAUGAAGCCACAAAAAAUGCAUCUAAGCUCAUAAAUGAAGCUUGUUUAAACCAUGGUUUUUUCCAAGUCAUUAAUCAUGGUAUUGAUAUGAACCUCAUUGCUAAAGCUUAUGAUGAAAUGGACACUAUUUUUAAACUAUCACUUGAUAGGAAAAUGAGUGUUUAUAAGGAACAUGGUUCUAUGUGGGGUUAUUCAGGUGGUCAUGCUCAUCGUUUCUCUUCUAAAUUGCCAUGGAAGGAAACUUUCUCUUUCCCAUAUUAUCAUGUCAACAAUGCCUUGAAGCCUGUUGUCACUAACUACUUCAAAUCUACCUUAGGGGAUGAUUUUGAACAAGCUGGAAUGACAUUUGAGAAAUACUGCAAGGCAAUGAAAGAGUUGGCAAUGAAGCUAACAGAACUAUUAGCAAUAAGCUUAGGAGUGAACGAUCCAUUGCAUUACAGAGAGUUGUUUGAAGAAGGUUGUUCCAUCAUGAGAUGCAACAAUUACCCAUGUUGUCAACAACCUAGUCUUGUCCUUGGGACAGGACCUCAUUGUGAUCCAACCUCUAUAACACUACUUCACCAAGAUCAAGUUGGAGGGCUUCAAGUAUUUGUUGACAACAAAUGGAACACGGUUCGACCCCUUCCUAACGCGCUCGUCGUUAAUAUUGGAGAUACUUUCAUGGCAUUAUCAAAUGGAAGGUACAAAAGUUGCUUACAUAGGGCAGUGGUUAACAAGCAUAAGGAGAGAAGGUCCUUAGCAUUCUUUCUAUGUCCUAAAGAUGAUAAGGUGGUGAGACCCCCUAAAGAUAUUAUUAGCAGUGAUGGGACCAAACACUAUCCUGAUUUUACAUGGUCAGAUUUGCUUGAAUUUACUCAAAAUCAUUACAGAGCAGAUGAAUCUACGCUCUCAAAUUUCACCAACUGGUUGCUAAGUUCCAAACCACAAAUUUAACCUUAUGUUAAUCAACAAGUAGUUUCUGUUAUAUGCUACUUUAUUUUUAUAAGAGGUUGAGACACAAUCUCUUCUUUAAAUUCUCCCUGUUGUUUUCCUACAUUCCAAAUCAAUCUUCCUGCUUUUUAUGCAACUAAAUCCCA